CUCCAAUACACUCAGAUAUUUACAGAGGCUUACAGCCUAUCCUGUGAAUGUAUCCACCACACCAAAGGAGAUGCAGUGAGGGCAUGCAAAGCUCUUCUUACUCACUGAGAUGAAUGAUCUGCCUUUUGCUUUCUGUGUGGUGAAUUCCUGCCUCAGAUUCCUUUUUAAGUCCAAACCCAUAAAAGCGAGGAAUCAUCAUUUACCUGCCUAAGAGAUACCCAGGACGCCCGGAUUCAUACACGCUCUACUGCUUUAAAACAGACAAUUUACAUGCUGAAAAAGAUUAGAAAAUUUCACUCCGCUAGCCCUGGAUGUGCCUAUGCUGAAGGAUGUGGAAGAUCCUAGAUUUCCUCCAGGGUAUCCUGACUCAUAUGAAUGAUGUAAGCACUCAAGAAAAGUCUGGAAACGGCGUUACCAUGACAAGGAAGCUUCAGUAGUAAACUGUGUCUACCAUUUAUACUGCAUCCUGACAACCCAACCCUUCCCAACCCAACCCAAACCAGCCCAGACGAGCCCAGCUUAGUCAGGGGGUUCCUUCCUUCCUUCCAGAAUACAUGGAGGUAAAAGGCGCAGGGGAAGCAUGAUCUAUGGUCCCCAAUCCUGGCUUACGGAACAAAAUGAGGGAUUUCCCCUCCCAACCUCUUCCCUGAGGUCAACCCAACACAACGCCACCCUGAUAAGUCCGACUUAGCGGGGCACUCGAGUUUCAAUGCUCCACGCCGUUCUAAGAUGAAGUUAUGGAAAAAGGCCAUUUUUGCCUUUACACUACUUAGUGCUGCUCUCUCUCUCCUGCUCAUCAUAACAAUGAUAUCUGCUGGGUCCAUCAUCCCCUGGGCCUCAGCUAUGUCUGUACAUCCUUCAACAAUAGCACCAUCACCACCAUUAUCAACAUCAUCAUCUUCACCCAUGGUGACCAGUCGUCGGCGGGUGGCCAGAGCAUCUGAGGACAUUGGUUCCCUCCUAUCUGAGUUUUCCUACCUGUUUCAGAGCUUCACUGAGGGUGAGCUGCAGAGGGUCAUCAGGUCACUUGUGGACAGGAAAGUUGGGAGAAGGACCAAGCGGGCGAAAAGCGCAGAGGCAUGCUCAUUGCACCAGGUGGUGCUAACAGUGAGCGAGCUGGGCCUGGGCUACGAAAGCGAUGAGACAGUGCGCUUCCGUUACUGCAGAGGGAAGUGCAAUAGACGCCUCAGCAACUAUGACAUGGUGCUGAAAAACGUGAUCCUGAGCAAGGCACCCGAGAAAGACAUAACCACUAAUGGGGGCACGGCUAAGACAGAGAGGGCGCCCUACAGCCGCUGCUGCCGGCCCACCAAAUACGAGAACAUGUCAUUCUUUGACAAUAAGGCAAAGUUCUUCACCAUUCAGGACGUGUCAGCCAGAAAGUGCGGCUGUGUGUGACACUGCAGGGUUUUUUCUGAGAUGAUUGUAGCAAAUGAGGCCACCACAGUCAUGGGAUUAUCUAAGCGAUUAGGUGUGUGUAUGGAUGGGGGCUUCAGAAAGAGGCUAGAAUCAAAUAGGUGGAAGUGGAAGCUGAACUCACUUGGAGAAUCCAUGCUGAAUCCAUGCAUUUCAUAAUCCAAGCCACAGGCUAGAAGGUUGUGUUUGACCCUCUGGCAGUGCAGAAGGUAGGAAGUUUUGUGAUUAUGCUUUUAAGGGUUUCUGCAGAGUCUAAUGCAGUUUUGAGUUUGAAAGAAAAAAGAUGCUUUAAUGAUUUGAUGGCAUGUGAAGUAGCAACCUUCAGUGCUAAGACACAACACUGGCCUUUUUCCUGAAGACAUGAAACUGUUACCGAGUGGCAACUGCAACAGUGAAAAUCCAGAAUAAGCAAUUCCCAUAUGGACUGAAGCAGUAUAGAAAAGUAUUUUUUUUGGUAACAAAUUCUAUCUGUAUAUUCAACUAUGAAGUUAUCCACAGCUACCUCAUUUGUAUUUGGUUACAGAAAUAUGCAUCACACCAAUCUGCUUGUUGUCAACUAUUCAUUGAUACAAACAUUUAAAAAUACAGUCUUCUCAGGUCAAAUACUGUAAAGAACAGCAUGCACUGUUACUUGAAGUGAAAACCCAGCAACUUACACCCUCAUUUCAUUUGCUCUUGUCAAGAGUCCAACUUCUCUUAAGUUCAUGUCAUCCCCAAUCCAAAUACAGAAUUGGAUGUCUUUUUUUUAAAAAGACGUGUCUGACUUUCAUGUAGUAGGUCAUGAACACUGUGAUGUCUGAGACACUUCUGUUAAUGUUAUAAAAAUAAGUUGUUUGUAUUAUCUGUCUUAUUGAUUCUGACAUAUUCAACUAUCAAUCAAAUGUGCUGCUUUUUAUGGACUGUUGUUACCUGAAAGUGUGUGGUUCACUUAUACCUUAAAGGUUUAAUCUGCUCAUGAUUCUUAAAGAUUAUGCUCUAGUACAUCCGAGGGGUUAAGUGAGACUUGUGCCUGUUGGAUUGGGUCACAUUUUUAGCCCACUGUACACAGCAUUAACAACUAAUUCUCUUUAAGUCAAAGCAGCCAUAAAUAACCAAACAGAACAGUUAGGUAACCUCCACAUCUACUUUUAGAGUUUCUCUCUGUACGAUUUUUUUUCCCCCUGCAGGUUGCUGGAAGGUUUGUUAAAUUAUAUACAGGAGGUAAUUAAGCACAGACAGAUUGUGCCUGAAUUAUAUACAGAGCUAUCAAGCUCUAAACACAGCCUGUCAUAAAAUCUAAUGGACUUACUGUGAACACAAGGCAAUAGCAGCUGAAGGAACAUGCAGCCUCGUAGUCACACCAGAGACAGGCAGAUUUACCUACAACACAACAAAAAAGCCACACUGAAAAAGUCUGAAGGUGUCAACUGAUGGAAAAGAAAUUAACUGUACCUUACACUUCUUUUAAAGUGAUGAUUUAAAGAUCAUCAGUGGAGGCUUUUUACCAUGAGCUAAUCAGAUUCAUAUUUUUAUAAAUAUAUUUAUAAAUUCGCAAAUGAGAUAUUGCAAAUAUUAUGGAUUCUCCCAAACUAAUCAUUAAAGGAACUGCUACAGUUCAGAGGCAUAAGAUGUAAACUCUACUUCAUGGGGAAUGUAAUGUAACAGGAUUUCAAUUCACGUUUAUCAUAUUGCAACUCAUAGAUAAUACCAUGUAUGUUAAUAUAUUCAUAUUUUAUUUUUCUUUCAAAUACUGUAUGUCUCAAAAACAAUGGUUUCAAGUGCUUUUUCAGAGGGUGAUACUUUGUUUUUUUUGUGUUAAUUCAGUCCAUUACUGUGGGAAUGGACUGUUUCUUAGCAUAAAGUGUAGGACUGUAUUUUGUUUCAUAUCAAUCUGUGUACCUCUGUGUAAAGAUGACCUGAAAGAGGCAGUACUAUGUGUGUACAGAUAGCGUCUCCCCAUGUUACCAAUUUACAGAUUUGGCAGCGUUGGAUCUUUUUCAUACCAACAGCAGAAAUGUUGAUGCAGUGCAUCUUUGAUGUGAAUAAUCGAUAUUUAUUGGACAGUGGUGUGCAUAUUUAUUUAGAUACUUUACUCGAAAGGGAGAUAUUGACUUAUUUAUUUAAAAAAAAACAGCUUGUGCCAAAUAUAUUUUCUAACAAAUCCACUAUUCCUAAAUAACUGCUGAAUAAACGUACUCAGCUUUACAAAAAAACAAUGCUUAUUUUCCUUUUCAUUGCAUCUACGCCCCAAGUGUUCCUUUUCUGUUCCUGAAGAUCACAACCUGAUGAUAAAAUAAUAAACAUGGCUUAAAUGGCUUAAAUGAAUGUCCCGAGCCCAAAGGAACAUGGUUUAAAAACUGUUGAAGAGAACUGAUGAGUCGCUUUUUUUAAAGUAGCUCGUCCGAGAUUUUAUAAAGUAGCUCUUCCAAGGUGGUCUGUAGUGUCUGAGUGAAGCCAGACACAUUAGCGAACACCUUCAUUAGUAUGGACAUUACAUCAGCUCCAAAAACUCCAGUUAGACUAUAUGUCUUUUUCCAAGAUCCCAACUUGAACAAAAGCAGGUUUUCGGUGGGGAAAAUGUUUGUACAACCACAAGUAGCUCAUCCAUCAACCAUAAGAUGAGUUCAUACAAAAGUAAAAGAAAAAAAGUAUUACAACAUACUCGUUGUUGAAACACGCCUGUAAAUACAAGCAUGGCCCUCUGCAAUAAACAAUUACCAUAGUGAGGAAACUAUGCCUGCUCUGUUGUGUGCUUGCACUGUGUAAGCUAACACAUUUAACAUAUUUAGCAACCUCUACUUACCAACAGUAUCUAUUAUUAUUAGGAACUCCAGCUAGGAAAUAACACCAUUAGAAAUCUAUGGAAAAUGUGAGUUAAUACCAUCAAGACAACAACUAACUGUAAACGUUGUUGUUCUUUUUUUUCGGCUGCUCACGUUAGGUGUCGCCACAGUGGAUCAUUGGUCCGGAUAUUUGAUUUGGAACAGUUUUUUAAUGCCAGAUGCCCUUUCUGAUGCACCUCUCCACAAUUUUAUCCUGGUUUGGGACCGGCUCUGGGAGUGCACUGUCCAUUGCAGUGCCUGGGAAUCAGUGAUGGCAGCACCAAGGCCUCA